AUGUCUAACUCACGGAGGUCUUCUGGUGUGGCAAGAGGGAAGAGACCACCGGAUUUGGAGCUGUCGGAAACCAGGUUUUGCGCACCUGGACCAGGGACCCCAGAUGCAUUUUUUGAGAGAGACAGAAUGCCAGAGGACCUCAACAGUCGUACAGAUGUACCAAAUGUCCACCUCCACCCGUACUUGUCUCAUCCCCGGAUGUCUGUGAGGAUGUCGGUGUACAGCACCGGGGUCCGGCCGGUCCUCACCCGAGCCUUCAUCCAAGGACGCGUCUAUAACUUUCUGGAGAGGCCGUCUGGCUGGAAAUGCUUCGUGUAUCACUUCACAGUGUUUCUCAUAGUUCUGGCCUGUCUCAUCCUCAGCGUUCUGUCUACCAUCGACCAGUACCAGGCCCUGGCUCACACAACACUCUUCUGGGUGGAGAUCGUCCUUGUGGUGUUCUUCGGGGUGGAAUAUGUCGUCCGUCUCUGGUCAGCCGGCUGCCGCAGUAAAUAUGUUGGCAUCUGUGGCCGACUGCGCUUUGCCAGGAAGCCAAUAUCUAUUAUAGAUCUGAUUGUGGUUGUUGCCUCAAUAAUUGUGCUGUCAGUGGGCUCCAAAGGCCAGGUCUUCGCCACCUCUGCUGUAAGAGGGAUUCGCUUCCUGCAGAUCCUGCGAAUGCUCCACGUGGACCGGCAGGGAGGAACCUGGCGUCUCCUCGGCUCCGUGGUCUUCAUCCAUCGGCAGGAGCUGAUCACUACCUUAUACAUCGGCUUUCUGAGCCUGAUCUUCUCCUCGUACUUUGUCUACCUGGCAGAGAAAGACGCAGUCGACAGCAGCGGCUCCACCGAGUUUGGAAACUAUGCUGAUGCCCUGUGGUGGGGAGUGGUGACAGUGACUACCAUUGGAUAUGGAGACAAAGUGCCCCAAACAUGGAUUGGAAAGACCAUUGCAUCCUGUUUCUCAGUCUUUGCCAUCUCCUUCUUUGCUCUGCCUGCAGGAAUCUUGGGCUCAGGCUUUGCCCUGAAGGUGCAGCAGAAGCAGAGACAAAAACACUUCAACAGACAGAUCCCUGCAGCUGCCUGUCUCAUUCAGACAUCCUGGAGAUGUUUUGCGGUGGAGAACUUUGAUUCUGCCACAUUCAAGAUGUUUGUGAGGAAGAAAUCACACAUCCACGCCUCCUCGCUGCCCUCCCCCAAGCCCAAGAAAUCGGUGAAGAUAAGGAAGAAGUUCAAGAGCAACGACAAGGACAACGGUCCAACUUCACCCACAAUUCCGACCAUCACCUACAGCUCUGUAUUUGACAGCGGGAGGGAGCUGAGUUCAGAUGUUUACAGCACCGUGGGCACAGCUGGUUCAGCAGGAUCCCACACUCUGGGCGGAUGUGAUUGCCAGCAGUCCUGGACGUCUUUGUCUUCCCUUCAGUUCAACUCACAGCCUCCAGCCAAAAGAAGCCCCGGCCUCUUGGACGUCCACUCCCCCGGCCUUCAGAGGAACUGCAGCUUUGCAGACGACCUGGAGCUGGAGGCGGAGCGAUACAGCGAGCUGGCUCCCGUCAGCUCCGUGUCACAACUGACAGAGUCACACCGAAAAGCCAUCCGGGUGAUCCAGAGAAUGCGUUAUUUUGUGGCCAAGAGAAAUUUCCAGCAAGCUCGUAAACCGUAUGAUGUGCGCGACGUGAUUGAGCAGUACUCCCAGGGUCACCUCAACCUCAUGGUGCGGAUCAAGGAGCUGCAGAGAAGACUGGACCAGUCUAUAGGGAAGAUAACGUUGUUCCAGUCGGGGAACGACAGAGCCAAAGACAAAGGCACCAACUCUAUCGGAUCCAGGCUCAACAGGAUGGAGGACAAGAUAACGCACAUGGACCGGACUCUAAACAGCAUCGCCGAGUCCAUCACCUUUCUGCUGGACCAGCGGGACGUCGGUGAGGGCGAAGGUGGAGGCAGGCUGAGGCCACGGUUUGGACGGAGCAGUAAUGUCCUCCCCAGCCAGGACAGCCUGCCAAGCUACGACCAGCUGUCCUCCUCACCUUCGUCCUUCUCCUCCAACGCCGCUGGCACCGCCACGGCCUUCACCAAGCAGCCCGUCAGCGGCACCGCCAGUCAGGACGAGAGUGGCUGAAACCUGGGAAAAAAACAGCCUCAAAGUUUUUCCUCUUUUUA